UACAUACGUCAGAAAUAACUCGGUUAAAAAUAACAGUACUGAAUCAUUAAAUAGAAUUACACAAUAUUUAUUCUCUAUAUCUCUUUAUGGUGAGAAGUAAAAUGAUGAUGGAAUGGAUAAUAUUAACGAAGCUAAAAACCGGCAUAUUACUUACUUGUGAUGGUGAAUUUGGAGUACCUAUUUCACGCGUGUACCUAUUCGUAUGUAAGGAGUGAUAGAGAUUAUAGAUAAAAGGAAACAGAAACCUAUAUUGAUAGUGUAUAUAAACACGUAUAUAAUUGGAGACAAGUCAUUUAUCCUGCAGUCAUGCACUUUGUUAAUAGCACACCGCACGCGUUGUACAAACAAAACACACUAAAUUCUAAUCUAACAUGAAUGAAAAUUACACCACAGACGAGACAGAGGCGCUUUUGAGAAAUGAAUCAACCGAUGCAAAUAUCUGUGAUACGGAUACCAAAGAAGAUGAAGACAUUCCAAGCAUAUCAUAUUUUACAUUAUUCAGAUUUGCAUCCUUAACAGACAAGUUAUUCAUAUUUAUAACGAUAAUAACCGCGGUCAUAUGUGGAUGCACAGUACCUGUAAAUACGUUAUUAUUUGCUGCGUAUCUUCAAAGUAUGGUGGACUUCGGAAGAUCAGUCCAUGAUGGUACACCACAAGUGGAAGUUUUUCUUCACGCAGCAAAAACAUUUGCUAUCUAUUACAGCCUUGUUGGUGGUGUUACAAUGGUCCUUUCAUAUAUCGGUACCGUCCUCAUGAAUACAUCAGCGUACAAUCAGGUUUAUCGAAUACGACAAGCAUAUUUGAAAGCUGUUCUGUAUCAGGAUAUCGAAUACUUUGAUACUCAUCAAAUUGGAGACUUCGCUACGAAGAUGUCCGAUCAUGUUGUCAAACUAGAGGACGGAAUAGGAGAAAAAUUGGAAAAGUUUAUCUUCUACCAGGCCGCUUUCUUGAGCUGUGUUAUAAUGGCAUUCAUAAAAGGAUGGAAACUAGCUCUACUUUGCCUAGUUUUAUUUCCGGUCUCGUUCUGCCUAUUUGGUGCUUCAGGUUGGAUCGCGUCUAAGCUAUCGCAGCGGGAAGCGAAGUUGUCAAGCAAGGCAGGGGCAGUAGUUGAGGAAGUGUUCUCUUCCAUCAGAACUGUUUACGCUUUCAGCGGACAAAAGAAAGAGAUUGAUAGAUAUGAUCAACUUUUGGCUGAAGCCAGGAGUGUCAACAUUAAGAAAGGUUUUUUGGUAGCAAUAUUUAUAGGCCUUCAAGAAUUCUAUAUUUACGGUUCUUACGCCUUAUCCUUUUGGAUAGGAUAUAAACUUAUGAUAAACGAACCCAAAACAUAUGACGUGGAGACAAUGCUGGCAGUGUUUUUUGGAAUAAUGAUGGCUUCCAUGAACUUUGAAAUGACGUCUCCCCUAAUGGAAACAUUCGGCACUGCGACCGGCGCAGGCGCGCAGAUAUUCAGACUAAUUGAUAACGUCCCAAAGAUUAACAACUCAGACGCAGGCGUGCACAUGGACAGCAUGUAUGGAAACAUUUCUCUGAACAACGUCGUGUUUCACUACCCGUCUAGACCCGAUGUGCCGGUGCUUAAAGGGGUGAGCCUCAGCGUGCAACGUGGUCAAACCGUAGCCCUGGUGGGGCAUUCAGGUUGCGGCAAGUCGACCAUCAUCCAGCUACUGUCCAGAUGUUAUGACGUCAUUGAUGGAAGCGUAACCAUAGAUGAAGUCGAUAUCCGUACUGUAUCAGUGAAAUGGCUGCGCAGUAAAAUCGGUGUAGUUGGACAAGAGCCAGUACUGUUCAACACUACGGUGCAGGAAAACAUUCGCUACGGGCGUGAUGACGCUUCGGACUUUGAAGUUGAAAGUGCAGCGAUCCUUGCAAACGCACAUGAGUUUAUUAGAAAUCUUCCAUUGGGUUAUAACACACUGGUGGGUGAAAGAGGUGCAUCACUAUCCGGAGGACAAAAGCAACGCAUCGCAAUAGCGCGUGCGAUUAUUCGAGAUCCAUCUAUUCUUUUGCUAGACGAAGCGACAAGCGCACUUGAUACAGCUUCAGAAGCAAAAGUUCAAAAAGCACUUGACAGGGCCAGUGAAGGUCGCACUACAAUAGUUGUUGCCCACAGGCUUUCAACAAUUAGAAAUGUCGAUAAAAUAUAUGUUCUGAAAGAAGGCAUGAUAGUUGAAAGUGGAAACCACAACGAACUGAUGUCUGAAAGAGGCUACUACUAUGAUAUGGUAAUGUUACAAUCAAGUCCCGAGACCCCUGAUGCAGCUAUAAGCGACGUCAAUUUUAAGCGAAAUAUAUCAAUGGAACAAGGCACAGACGACUUUGAAGAAAUAGUAGAGGAAGAGAAGCAAAGUCCUGAUGAAACUGUAGUAGCACCAUUCUCCGCUGUGAUAAAACUCAGUACCCCAGAGUGGAAGUCUAUAACCAUGGCUACUUUUUGUUCCGUCGUGAUAGGAUUUUCAGCCCCAACGUCCGGUUUGAUUCUUGGAAACUUUGUCGGGGUACUUUCUAAUCCAGAUACAAAUUUCGUUGAAGCCCAAAUACGAAAAUAUGCAUUCACCUUUGUAGGCAUUGGAAUAAUAUUUGGUAUUGCAUAUUUAUUAAUGACAUUUUUGUUCACAUUGGCUGGUGAACAUUUAACGACAAGGUUAAAAAAGCUCAUGUUUGAAAAACUACUUCAACAAGAAAUUGGUUAUUUUGACGAUAAGAGCAAUUCUACGGGAUGCCUGUGCGCACGCCUUUCAGGCGAAGCAGCUUCUGUACAUGCAGCGACAGGUCAAAGAAUUGGAACAAUAUUACAAUCUGUCACUACAUUAUUAUUCGCUACCGCAGCUGCUAUGUUUUAUGAAUGGCGUUUAGGGCUUGUUGUCUUAUCAUUCGCGCCACUAUUGAUUGCCAUUACAUAUGUGGAAGGAAGAUUGGUAUCUAAACAAUCUAAGGGAAUUGCAAAAGCAAUGGAAUCCAGUUCUAUGAUUGCAGUAGAAGCAGUUGCUAACGUACGCACAGUUUCAGCUCUGGGUAAAGAAGACUUCUUCGUCGAAGAGUAUGCCCGCCAACUGAAACCAGCACUUCAAAUUGCUAGACAAGCAACUCAUAUGCGUGGACUAAUUUUUGGAUUAUCAAGAGGAAUCUAUGAUUUCGUAUAUUCUGCGUCCUUGUACUACGGAGGAACUUUGAUGGUAUACCACAACGUUGACUAUGGCGUAGUACUUAAAGCAGCAGAGACACUUAUUAUGGGCUCCUCAAAUGCAGCGGCUGCUUUUGCGUAUGCUCCUGAUUUCCAAAAGGGAUUGAGUGCUGCUGGACGCAUCAUACAACUAUUAAAUCGACAGUCAAAAAUUACAAAUCCUAAAACACCAUCGUCAGAAAAUUUCGCUCAAGACAACAUCCCUCUGCCGACGCUUCGUUUAGAUGAUGUGAGACAAACAAUAGGAUUUGUACAACAAGAACCAGUCUUAUUUGAUAGAACUAUUGCUGAAAACAUAGCUUAUGGAGACAACACCAGGCAAGCUGGCAUUGAAGAAAUUAUAGAAGUCGCAAUACAAGCCAAUAUUCAUGAAUUCAUCACUACGUUACCGAUGGGAUAUGAAACUAAUGUUGGUAAGAAAGGCACACAACUAUCUGGAGGUCAAAAGCAGAGAAUAGCCAUUGCACGUGCUCUGAUACGACGGCCUAGAAUACUAUUCCUUGAUGAGGCUACGAGUGCAUUAGAUACAGAAAGUGAAAAGGUAGUGCAAGAGGCGCUGGACGCCGCGAAGGCCGGGCGCACGUGCGUGCUCAUCGCGCACCGCCUGAGCACGGUGCGCGACGCGGACGCUAUCUGCGUGCUCAGCGGCGGACUGGUGGCGGAGCGCGGCACGCACAAAGAGCUCAUGCAGCUCAAGGGACUCUAUUACAAAUUGAAUAGACGAGGAUAUAAUACUUGAUUUCGUUAUGUGCAAUAUACGUGAUAGUUAUAGCUUCUCACUUUUAUGUAAUUUAUGAACUAGGCGAAGGAAAAAAUAAUGAUACUCAUGGCUUAAAUUAACUCUGAUAUCAAAAAAUGUAAUUCAGCCAUGUACAGUUAGUACUCAAUAUUAUUCUCAAAAGCAAGACUAGGCAUUGACCAAAUAAUAUUAUUAAUUUCUAAAUAAAUACUGUAAAUAGGUUAAGAAAUUAUUAAUAUGAAACAUCUAUAGCCGCACUAAAAACCGAUUUCUGGCGUGGCAACGCAUGCCGUGGCGACGCGUCGUCAUGCUAUAUGAUGAUAUAUCUCAUCUGUUAAGUCAAUUUACAAAAUAAUGUCGAUGUUUCACAUCUGCCAGGCGUCCUGUGACGUCUCAUUUUUUAUCGGAGUACACUUCUGUACAAUUCGACCUCUUUAAAGUAAUUAUUGCUAACUAGCGGACGCCCGCGACUUCGUCCGCGUGUAAGUCGUUGUAAACUUUUAUCUACCCUAUCCUACCCCUGCCCUACCCCUACCCUACCCUACCCCUACCCUACCCUACCCUACCCCUACCCCUACCCUACCCCUACCCUACCUAUUAUCCCCCCCCCCCCCCCGCGAAUCGCGUCGAGCGCGGCAACCGUUACACAAAAAUAAUCCAUAUAGCAUGAAUUACUAUGCACGCGCGAUGGCUUAGCGUCUUUCUUGUAUAACUUUGGUGUUUCUUUACCGAUUUUUAUGAUUCUUUUUUUAUUGAAUAGGUAAUAAUGUAAACUUUUUUAGUUAGGUAUGAGUGAUGAGUGUUAUAAACAUAAGAGUAGACAAAUUUAAUUAGAAAGCUCCGAACUGCUAAGCUAUCGGGAGUUACACGUGCUAUUGUGAGUCAACCAUAAAAGAUAGACAUAUAUAUGCUGUUGUGUUUUUAUAGAUAAUUUUAAGGAGAACAUUUCUGUCAUACAUGAUUUCUAUGUUGCUUUAACCAUUAAGGCUGUACACGCGACGGAAAUUUAAAAAAUUGAGUAACUUCUCCCGUUUUCUCAAUAUUUCUCUUCACUGCUCUGCUCCUAUUGAUCGUAGCGUAAUGAAAAGUAUACUAUAACCUGCCCAGGAGUAUGUAGAAUAAUUGUACCAAGUUUCGUUAAAAUCCGUCCAGUAGUUUUUGUUUCUAUAAAGAACAUACAGACAGACAGACAGACAAAAAUUUUACUGAUUGCAUUUUUGGCAUCAGUAUCGAUCACUAAUCACCCCCUGAUAGUUAUUUUGGAAAUAUAUUUCAUGUACAGAAUUGACCUCUCUACAGAUUUAUUAUAAGUAUAGAUAAAAUACAACUUGUACAAAUUGCUUUCAAUAGAGUCUUCUAUCUGAUAUGCAAUAUUUGGUACAGCUCUAAAAAUAUAAUAUUAAUUUGUUGACUCAAUAUUAUGUAAAUAGUGUUGUGUUUCGUGUUUGUACUUUGGAUUCUUAUUUAUCUAAUUUAUGAAAGAAUAAAUUUGUUUUAUAGUU